CUGCAUUUUGGUUCUGCCCCACAGUCUCAAUUUGCAAUUUCUGUAAGUCCACACAAACCUACACAAAAGUCUCACCACCCUUAUGGAAUCCAUCGCGACCAUCGUCUCCUCCCCUUUUUCUCCCCCAAUUUUCUCACCCAAAUUCAAAGAUUCUUCUCCCCGUCGUCUCAUCCGUUUCUCCGCUCCCCCCAAAAAUGACGGGAACGGACCUGAUUUCAAACCGGACUCCACUGAAUCCAGCCUUGUUCCCAUCCUCAGCAAUCGUACCCUCUCUAAGGAUGCAGCAAUUGGAUUGGUAUUGAGUGCGGCCAACGUAAGGGGAUGGACAACCGGUUCGGGCAUGGAAGGUCCAACGGUUCCUGCUGGGUCAGAAUCUCAAUCAAUGGAGCAGGUAUCUACCUUCCCAUGGUCUCUGUUCACCAAGUCUCCACGGCGGCGUAUGCGUGUGGCAUUCACAUGCAACGUCUGUGGUCAACGCACCACUCGCGCAAUCAACCCGCAUGCCUAUACCGAUGGUACCGUCUUCGUACAGGUAUUUAUAUGUACCUGCAUAUAUUUAUGAAUGUAUACAAGUUUG